AACACAGCCAUACAGACUAUAUAUAUGUACAUUCAUACAUAAUGUGACCAUAUAGACUAUAUAUGCAUAAAUGCAUGCAUACAUGACGUAGCCAUGCAGACUAUGUUCAUAUGUACAUGCAUACAUAAUAGUUUCUCAAUUAUUAGCAAUUACUUCGCACAACAUAUGGCUCAGCAAUGGGGAUCCAUUAAUGUUUAACCAGGGAGAGUCCGGUCAAUCUACCGACAAUGAACAUGAGAAUUGACUUGCCUGCAUCCUUUACUGGUGACGGGAGCUAAAGUUUCCUCUGCUGGGUGAGGCAACUGGAAGUGGCUGUUAAGGCAUCAUCAGGUUGUAGCCAUGAUUAUUAUGGCAAAAUACUGAGGAUUAUCCCCACUUGUUUGACUGGGGCAGCUUUUCUGCUAUGGGAUGGUUAAACAGAAGCUUAAGCAGGCUUUUGGACAAAAACAUGGAGUGCUUCAGAGGUUCUCUUUCUGCUCUCUUUUGAAGCAGAUCAGUUUAACAAUAGCAUGACUACAUGGAAGCAAAAAUAUCUGAUUACAUAAAACAUUUAGAAUGAGGGAUGUGAGUCAAUUACUACAAAUUAUAUAAUUGCUAUCAAUCAAUCACUGAUUAAAAUGCUAAAUGAUAGUAAAUAGAGCACACAAACACACAAUGGUUAUUUAAAAAGUAGUGAUAUUGAGACGACAUAUCAGACGGCCAUAGCCAUUUCUCCAUUCAUAACUGCCAAAGACUGGCAGUUGGUGCAUGUCCCUAAAACCACGAAUGGUCGCAUCCACAACACUAAUCAUCUCUGCAACAUCAUGCAUCAAGUCUCGCAAGUUGUCAUGAAUGUCGAUCUCUUUCAGCUGAUGCCCUCAACAGCUCUUAGGACCAUUGCCAGUGGUGGUGGUUUUGGGGGGGACGUCACAAUCGCUGUCACAAUUACAUUUUUCAGCCAUAGUUUAUACACUAAUAAAGAAUAAGGCACCAAUAAAGAACUAAUAAGGCAAUAAAAAAGCAUUAAUAAAACACUAUAAGGAAAUAAACUGAAUUGUACUGGUGAGUCACCGUUGGAACAUGAGCUGGACCAACUUCUGUGUUUCGCUUCUUAAAUUGGAAAUCAUUUCUCAACUUGGGGAAACUGCAGAAAAGCUGAAACAGUGGCUCAGAUUAACUAACUGAACACAUCACCUAUUCGAGAAGCACCGGGAACAGCAAGAAGGACACAUCUGAAGAGAAAAUGUUUCUGGCUGGGUUUAUAAUGACGGUGCUCCUCCUCUCAGGUGUCAGUGUAAAGUCAGCUGCUGUAAACUCCCGGGAGGGAGAUGAUGUUACUCUGCUGUGUUACAAUGUGGUUUAUCCUGACUGCUCCUCCACCACAUGGAUAUAUUACCCCUUACAAAGUAAAAAAAGCAUUGUACUGAUUGAUCGUGGAAAAAUCAAAGACUCACACCGAAAUGGGAAACUGAGGCAGCAAGCAGACUGUUCUCUGCACAUUAAUAAUGUCAGCACUGUAGAUGCUGGGCUCUAUACAUGUCAGCAGUUUGUUACCAUCUUUAAGCAUGGAGAUGAUGCCGAAGUUUAUCUCUCUGUUCUUACCAUUGCUCCAGUUCCAGGGCUGGAGGCUAGCAGGGCACUGCAGUGUCUGCUGUACACCCAUGAAGGUCCUGGACGGUGUGAUCGUCCCCCGUUUCAAACUCUGUCCCUGCGGUGGGUUAGUGACACAGACCCACUGGGGCAGAGAGAUCUCAGCUCCCAGACACACACAGGCCCCUGUAACUCCACUCUGCGGAUUAACCAUCAGAGGACAGAGAACGACCAGACGAAAUGGCGAUGUCAGCUCCUUGAUAAGAAGAAGGUGACGCUCACAUACAACUACACAUCUGACAGCUCAGGCUACAGGCAGAUGGCUGCUAUAAACAUAGAGCUUCCAGUGAGAUUGACAGUCUUCUUCCUGGCCCUAAUCACACCCCCCAUCAUUGGUGCCGCCCAUUACAUGAGGAGGAGGAAAAUGCUUCCAAAAGGGAAAGAGUAUGAAAACACUAGGACAACAGCAUCUGCUUUAUAGCAGUGCAUUAUUUUCACCUAUAUAUUCAUUAUAAUUGCUGGCUUUUGCAUUAAUGUUUAUGAUUAUCCAGCAUGUUUUACUGCUCAGGACUUAUGCUUGACUACAGUUUGUGGGGCACCACUCAGGCAUCUAAACAAACGUAAGCAUUUCAGGAUGGAAGGGCCUCAUGCCAUAAGCUCCAAGUCUAUUAGAUCAGGUUAUGAAAUACGGACGCAGAAAGCAUGGGAUUUAAGUAUGAAUUUCAAUAGUUUCAGUACAAAUCAAAAGAAAUGAAUGAUGCAUCCACACAAUGGAUGGCAGUUCUGUUGUGUGCUCAGGCAUUGGACUGUUUUUUUCUUUCUCUUUUGUAUAUAGCAGGUGUGUCCCUGCCAAGUAAUCAGAUCUCCACAGUUUAUAUAAUGAAAAUUAAAUGGUCCAGUAUUCUUACACAUUUCUUACAUGAAUUCGAAUUUAUUCUCCUAUCAUAAAGGACUCUAUACAGUGUACAAUGUUAUUCAUAUCUUUAAUAAAGUUUUCUAAGAGUAAUACUCA